AUGAGAUCUCUGGCCGACGCAACUACGCGAUGGCAUGAGACCCUUAAGCACGGCUCCAGCCUGGCAGACCUGCAGCGCGCCGUCAAGGACAACGGGCCCGCCAGUCCUUGUAUCGCAGGAUUUAGAUCAAUCUGCUGGAAGGUAGUCGCUUCCAUCGACCGAGCCUUCUUGCUGAACCAGACCACUGACACCACCAACUGGUCCCAUGCAAUGCUCGAGUCGCGAAGCACAUACUCAUCGAGGAGGGACCACUUCUUGAAGUACAUCAAGCACCCCGAGUACCUCACCGCCGCUACCCUGGAUCCGCUGGCCGAUGAUGCCGACUCACCAUGGAACACUCUCCGCCUUGAUGAGGCCCUUCGAGCAGAGAUCCUCCUGGAUGUCGAACGCCUCCCUGAUGAGCCUUUCUAUCACCAACCACGCAUUCAGAUGCUCAUCCUAGAUGUUCUCUUCAUCUACUGCAAGUUGAACCCAGAUGUUGGUGGAUACCGGCAGGGCAUGCAUGAACUACUCGCCCCCAUCGUCUACGUUGUUGAGCAGGAUGCCAUCGACCCAGCCGACGCCGGCUCGGAUGCUUCUGCCGACUUGAGAAUGGUGGAAAUGCUGGACGCAUCCUUCAUCGAGCACGACGCCUUCGCGCUCUUCUCAAAAGUCAUGGAUUGCGCAAAGGCCUUUUACGAGUCUACCGACUCUGCCGGUGCCGCCACUUCUGUCACCUUUGGCCGACCGUCUGCAAAGUCGUCCAUCGUUGAGAAAAGUCAGUAUAUCCACGAAAUAUGUCUGUAUAAAGUGGACCCGGAGCUUUCUAUGCAUCUCAAGCAUAUGGAGAUCCUACCACAGGUCUUUCUCAUUCGUUGGAUUCGCCUGUUAUUCAGCCGCGAAUACCCUUUUGAUCAGAUGCUUAUACUUUGGGAUACCCUGUUCUCUGUCGACCCUUCUUUUGAGCUUAUAGACCUCGUUUGUACAGCGAUGCUGCUUAGGAUACGAUGGGAUCUCCUCGAGGCCGACUACACCGUCGCGUUGCAAUUGUUGCUGAAAUAUCCAGCCCCACAGGCGCCUCACGGGCCACACACUUUCAUCGACGAUGCCCUGUACUUGCGACAUCAUAUGGAUUCCAAUGGCGGCUCCGAGCUGAUUUCCAAGUACACCGGCAAGGCGCCAGUUCCAUCAGCAACGGAGUCGAGAGAGUCGAGACCGGCAACACCCAUGUCAUUUGGGCCUAGUAUGAGAAAGAAGUUGUCUGGUGCAAGGUCACCUCUAUCGCCGCCUCGCUUCAACCCACCACAAGGGGGCGUCGAGUCAUUAUUCCAGGGCGCAGCUAAGGGAGUUCUCCAAAGGGGUGAGAAACUCGGCAUCAACCAAGCGGUUCGCGACGCCAUGGUAGAGAUCCGCCGAAACGUCACAGAGGCAAGAAGUUCGAUAAAAUCGGGUAAGGACCUCUUCUCGGAGCCUGGGCCCAAUACGGCGAUGCGGGCGGUUGCGGUCAUGGACCGGAGGAACGGGCGACUGGCUGCCAUGAUAGAUGAGUCUAUCGCAAGUCUUAAGAACAUUGCGGACUCUAGUCUGGACGACAAGCUGAAGGCCAAAAACGAGCUGGAGCUGGCCAUUGCGAAGAUCCAGGUUGUCAAGGUCUACCUUGAGGACUCUACCAUGGAUCUACCCGAUGAAGAGGAGCCUGAGCCCACACCAGUCGCAACUCCGAAGCCUGAAAAUGCAAAGGCCGCUUCCGAACCAUUGAGCGACGCUGUGGCGGCGAUGGCCCUGAGCACGCCAAUGGUGGUCGACUCCCCAGACCCCGAUGCAGCAGAAACGCCUAAAGCCGCAUCCCCAUCAUCUCCAGCCCAAACCAACCCUGAUGCCGUGGACACCGAGCCCAUGGGUUCCGUGGUCGCGAAGCCCAUACAAACCCUCCAACGCCCACAACCGCCGAUACCCACGCGGUCUACAUUGGCUCAAUCAUCAUUCUCCUGGAUGCUGGAACCCGACACGUCCGCCUCCUCCACGCCCCAUACACCAAAAUUUCCCUCCUCGUCCUCCAAGUCGGCGGAUUCUCAUCGCAAGCGAUCGGCAGCGAACAACGCCGCCCGCGAACGCACCGCGUUCCUAUUCGGUGAGGUGCCAUCAGAUGCGCAAGGAAACGAUAUCAAUCCCGAUAACAUAUUCGGGCUGGAGCCUAUUCGGAAGUCCAAAAGCUAG